AAUAGGCACCCCAAUGCAACUUCAGCCCUGCAGACAGACGGUCAUGCCUAUUUCAAAGGACAGCCAGCAGUUUUCUGUCAUCUCCGUGAACACUUGGUCUACUGGUGACCACCUCACAAAUUCAAUGGAGGAAAUGGAAGCCAAGCUUUGCAGCAGUGACAAAGAAGAAGCUUUCAAAAGGGAACUACCAUACUGCAUAGGAGAAAUAGACUUCACAGCUGCUGGAAAGAAACGUGGAAAGUUUCUCAAGGUCCUGAGUACCAUUCAUCCUGGAAUUAUAUUUGAAGUUAUGCUCAACAAAUGGAAGCUACCUGCUCCCAAUUUGGUUGUCUCCUUAGUAGGGGAAGAAGAAAACUGCCAGAUGAAGCCUUGGCUACGGGACACCUUAAAAAAAGGACUUAUAAAGGCAGCUCAAAGCACAGGUGCUUGGAUUUUUACCAGUGCUUUACGUGUAGGAAUGACAAGACACUUAGCACAAGCAGUCCGAGAUCGUGCACUGGCUAGUACUUCAUCCAAAGUAAAAGUGAUUGCCAUAGGAAUAACUUCACUCAGAAAAAUUCGUCACAGACAAAUUCUGGACAAUACAAAGCAUGAGAGUCUUGCACGCUACCAAUCAGAUGAUAAUAUUCAAGGUCCACUGUAUUCCCUGGACCACAACCAUUCCCAUUUUAUUUUGGUGGAUCAUGUAACACCAGAUGAGCCAGAUGGAACCACUAAGCUACGUCUCACCUUGGAAAAGCACAUUUCAGAGCAGCGUACUGGCUAUGGUGGAACGGGUAGCAUUGAGAUCCCUGUGCUUUGCCUACUGAUAAAUGGAGGACCAGGCACAUUUCAGAGAAUUUGCAGCGGUUUGGAAAAUUCUGCUCCCUGGCUUAUCUUAGCAGGGUCUGGAGGUACAGCAGACAUCUUAGCUGCAUUCAUGAAUGACCCACAGCUUAUCACACCAGAAGCUGUUGAAAAGCAAUUUAAGGAGAAAUUCCCUGCAGAAAGCUUCUCGUGGAAGGACAUUCUCCAAUGGACAGCAACAAUUCAGAGCAUUAUUUCACACCAACAUCUUCUAACUCUGCAUAACUUUGAGCAAGAUGGUUCAGAGGAACUAGACACAGUCAUUUUAAAAGCUUUAGUGAAAGCCUGUAAAAGUCACAGUCAGGAGGCUCAGGAAUAUCUGGAUGAACUGAAGCUAGCAGUGGCCUGGAAUAGAGUGGACAUAGCUAAAAGCGAAAUAUUCAAUGGUGACGUGGAGUGGAAGUCCUGUGACCUGGAGGAAGUGAUGAUGGAUGCUCUGGUCAACGAUAAACCAGAAUUUGUAAAGUUAUUCAUUGACAACGGGGCUAACAUAUCCGAAUUCCUGACAUACAGUCGUCUACAGAGACUGUACUGUUCCAUUUCUCAGAAAUGUCUCCUCUAUGAACUCCUACUGAAGAAACAGGAAGAAAGGAAGCUGACCUUGGCAGGGCUGACUGGUCAACAGCAUAAGGAGGAGGAGGUGAUCUACCCACUCUUCACUCUCAGUGAAGUCUCCAGAGUGCUCAAGGAUUUUCUCCAUGAUGCAUGCAAAGGUUUCUACCAAGAUAUCCAACAUGGAGGCAAGAAGAAAUCUGAUAAAAUGAAUACAAAACAAUUACCUGGGCCUUUGGAUAUGAACCAGAAAAGUGAAAAUCCUUGGAGGGAUUUGUUUGUAUGGGCAGUACUUCAAAACCGGCACAAGAUGGCAAACUAUUUCUGGGCUAUGGGUCAGGAGGGUGUAGCUUCAGCUCUGGCAGCCUGCAAGAUCCUUAAAGAGAUGUCUCGCCUGGAGUCAGAGACUGAAGUAGCACGUAUAAUGAAAGAAGCCAAGUACGAGCAACUCGCUGUUGAACUGUUCAGUGAAUGCUACCACAACAGCGAGGAGAGAGCGUUCGCUCUGUUGGUGAGGAAAAAUCAGUACUGGAGCAAAACCACCUGCCUUCAGCUGGCUACAGAAGCAGAUGCAAAGUCUUUCUUUGCACAUGAUGGUGUCCAGGCCUUCCUGACAAAAAUAUGGUGGGGUGACAUGUCUACAAGCACACAAAUCCUGAAGUUAAUCUGUGGAUUCUGGUGUCCUUUCCUAAUCUACACAAAUUUAAUAGUAUUCAGUGAGGAAAAACAAUCAAAGAAUGAGCCAGAGCCAUUUAGAGAGCUGGACAGUUUAGAUACAGAGAGGAUUCCAUUUUUUUCCAAGGAAGAAGAUAGAGGAAACAGUAGAUUGGAGAAGCAGAACUCUUCUGAGUCCACAGCGUGGGUGACAUUCAUGCUUACUCGGUGGAGGAAAUUCUGGAGUGCUCCUGUAACUGUAUUUAUGGGGAAUGUUAUAAUGUAUUUUGCUUUUCUGUUUCUAUUUGCUUACGUCCUUUUACUGGACUUUCAACCACCUCCUCCUGAGGGUCCAUCUGCUAAAGAAGUUAUACUCUACUUCUGGGUGUUUACCCUGGUUUUGGAAGAAAUACGACAGAGUUUCUAUACAGAUGAAGAUACAAAUUUAAUAAAAAAAUGUAAACUGUAUGUGGAGGAUAACUGGAAUAAAUGUGAUAUGGUGACCAUCUUCCUCUUUAUAAUUGGGGUAGUCUGCAGGAUGCUGAACUCGACUUUUCAAGCUGGCCGUACAAUACUUGCCAUUGAUUUUAUGGUGUUUACACUUAGGCUUAUACAUAUUUUUGCAGUUCACAAACAACUUGGACCAAAGAUCAUAAUUGUGGAAAGGAUGGUGAAGGAUGUUUUCUUCUUUCUGUUUUUCCUGAGUGUGUGGCUUAUUGCCUAUGGUGUGACAACUCAAGCUCUACUUCAUCCUGAUGACAGCCAAGUGGAAUGGAUAUUCAGAAGGGUGCUUUAUCGUCCCUACCUGCAGAUAUUUGGCCAGAUUCCACUGGAUGAAAUAGACACAUCCCGAACAUAUCCCAGGAACUGCACAUACAAUCCACUGCAGAUUCUGCAGGAGAACUUGCCAUCGUGUCCUAAUAGCUAUGCCAACUGGCUUGUCAUACUUCUGUUGGUCAUCUUCCUGCUAGUCACAAAUGUUCUCCUUAUGAAUCUCCUGAUUGCUAUGUUCAGUUACACUUUUCAAGUUGUUCAGGGCAAUGCAGACAUCUUCUGGAAAAUUCAGCGCUACAACCUGAUUGUUGAAUAUCACGGCCGGCCUGCCUUAGCACCACCAUUCAUCAUUAUUAACCACAUAACUCUGGUUCUCAGAAGGAUCUUCAACAACACAAAACAUAAAAAAGAGCAUCUCGAAAGAGAUCUUCCAGUUGGCCUAGAUCAAAAAAUUAUAACAUGGGAGCUGGUGCAAAAAGAAAAUUAUCUUGUAAACCUUGAACAAGAAAGGAAAGAAAGCACUGAAGAACGGCUGAAGGCUGCCUCUACUAAGGUGGAUAAUUUGUCUAAACAUUUUAGUGGAUUGAAAGAGCAAGAAAAGCGGUUUAGCGCUAUGGAAGCCCACAUUUGCUACUGUACAGCUGCUAUCUCCUCAAUGGCAGAGGCUUUAACCAAAACCAACCUCUUGUGCAACCACCCAGCUCCGAACUACACACGUGUGAUGAAUGCCAAGCCAGAAGUGCCUUUGCUGGGAAGAAGUGAAAGAGAAGAGCGUGCAGAUCAGUCUGAGAUUGAUAUCACAUACAUUGACAACUAAAUUCUAUUCUUGCUUCUUGACGUUAAACCUUUUGUCGUAUUGAACUACUGUGGAAGUAAAAUCCUGGUAUCCCGCAGGCCCAAGGCCUAGUUCUCAAAGCUUUUAUGCCAAGUACUGUCAGCAGUUGACUCUACUGAGAACUUCUUAAUCUUCUUCCUUCAAUUUCUUGGGCUUUCUUUCCUCCUGCUCCUGUAACACUCAGUCUUUUCUCCAAAACCCCAUUCCCCAAGUGCACUAAAAACUUUCUCCUCCGGGAUGAUUCUGUCACCUUAUUUUCUAAACACAGCCUGCCCUCUGAAUGCCACAUCAAUGCCAUCACUGCCCGUUUCCACACGGAACCCUUUGGAAGGGUGAUCACCUGAGCCACUUCCUUGGCCAGGAAAGCAAACUCAUAUUUCUGAGUUGCUUAGAGAGGAAAAUCAAGUUUCCACAGUAAAAGGCCUACAGACACUGAGCUCCUGCAAUCUAUACAGUUCCUGAUUCCUUACAACCCUCAGCCAACCUGCCUUCUCCUCCCAUGCUGGCUUCUGGGUGGCAUUGCCCUGCUUGUGCUCCUUGCUCAGCUCCACAGUGCAGCCUCCCAGCAUGUAGGGGCUUGCAGUUCCUUUCCAAAGGCAGAGCAGGUGCCCCUCCUACAGCUGCAGCCACUGCCCCAUUCCUGCUGCUGCUGCUUUGCCUUUAGGUAUCACACUGCAUGAGCACUGCACCUGAGUGCUUUUCUGACUGCAUUUUACUGUUUUCUCUCAAAGGUCAGGAAAAAAGAAAAAUCACUUAGGUCUCUAAGUGCAAAAUGUGUAGCAAGAAUUUUCCUAGCCACUAGGAAUUUGGACUGUUUGUCAUUUUGUUCAUUACUUAAACUGGCAUGUGCAUUUCUAGCAUACAAACGCAGCUGGCUCUAUUAGAAAUCUGUAUGAAAAGAGACACCAAUAAAAUGAAUAUUA